GGGAGGUUGCUAACGGCCGGCUAACAAGCCGGGCCGAGCCCGGCGUUAACUAAUACUACUACUACUACUACUUGCGGGCAGUUCUUUAGAGCAGCCUUUGAUGAAAGAUAUAUGUUCCAGGAAGCCAUUACAUCAACAAUCACCAUACCAGAAGAUGCCAAAACAUUUGGGUUUCUGGCCUUUUUUGCCUACACUGGAGCCUUGUUAUCAUACACAAACACCGGAGAGCAUGCGGAAAUGAUGGACAGGGAGCUUGUCGAGCGCUUGCAAGCUACAUACACCCAAGGUAUCAUACACAAAGAGCCGACAACCUCGACAGGGCUAGAUCCGACACUGGAAAGCAUUGUGCUGCUAUCCGAUGUCUACUACAUGGCCGACAAAUAUUGCGUGGCAGGCCUUCAGACUCUUUGUGCCAACGAGGCUGUGGUGCUCGCUCAGGAUCUCGCAUCCAAGUCGCUGGACUGGCUGCCGGCCGGUUCGCUCAACCUCGAAGCCCUGGGCUCGUGGAUAAAAGGGGUUUACGCCAAGACGACACGCUUCGACCUGGCGCUCAAGGAAUCGGUCUGCAUCUACGUCCACCGGGCCUCGGACCGCGCCAGGCAGGAGCGCUUUUACUUUCACCUGGAACCCUUCUUCUCCAGGAUCCUGGCCGAGAACCGGGACCUGAGCGACAGCGUUGGUGAGCGCGCCCAGCCGCCGCCGCCGACCUGUCCGGGCUGCCUCUCGCCCGAGGGGUGCGAUCUGAGGCUCUUUGCCAAACCCUGGUACAUUGGGUGGAUUUGCGAGUGCGACAUUUGCGGCAGCAAACACGAUCACUGCCUCCAAGCGACCGAGUUCGAAUGGCAGCCGGGCCAGUGGCCUAUGCACGAGAGGUGGCGGAUGCUGUGGAACGAAAUCGUUGCAAAUUCCAACGGCGUCAACGAGUUUGAAAGGAUGCAGCGGGCUUUGACCCUGUACCGUGUUUGACCUUUUGGCUGGGCCACGCCUGGUAUUAUUUGCAAAGGGUCUGGCAAAUACCUGGACUUUCCGGAUAAUGGAUAAUGAAUAACAAAUAAUGGAUAAUGGAACGUGCUAUUGUAGCUUCUAUAGCGAAUCCAGACACUAUAACUUUAUC